CCUUCAUCGUUCAUGCCUAAAGUUUCUUCAUCUUCUUCAUCUUCUUCUCUCCUCUUCCUAUCCUCUCUCGCUGCUCUUGGAUCUCUCUCAUCGCACGACGCCAUUGUUUUGCUGUGAUGCCCUAGUCAAUUACCCAACCUAGCAACCUUAGCUCCACACACCGGCUAAACGCGAACCAAUCCCUCCCAUCACCCUCGAGCUCCUCCUUCCUCUCUCCGUCAUCGAUCUCACUCCCUCACCUCCGUCCAUCUUCCGCCGCCGUCGCCGAAACGAGCUUUGAAGAAGGUGAAUCAUUGAAGUGCCUUGCGGAAGGGCUUUGGGAAUUGACAGUGCUGGUAUCACCGUUCUUCUUCCGGGGAACUGCAAUGGUGGCUAUGAAGGAGGUGAUUCCAAGGACAGGCCCGUUCUUUGUGUCGGCGUUCUGGCUAAUACCUGCCGGGUUCCUCCUCAUCGGGUUCGCUGCUUCAAGGGGAAGACCGUUCCCUUCGGGACUCAAUGCCUGGCUCUCAAUCUCUCUCUUUGCAUUAGUUGAUGCAGCUUGCUUUCAGCCUCAACCUCAGCAUCAGAUCCUAAUGCUCUUCAAGACCUCCGUGCUGCAGACACUGCAUCUGGUGUUAAGGUGAAUGGAUUCACGUGUAAAGACGCUGCAAAAGUGAAUGCAUCUGAUUUCUCAUCAAACAUAUUAGCAAAACCAGGAAAUGGGAACUAUCUCAGGAUCUUACAAGGUGUCUUGGAGAUUGGUGGAAGGAACCUUGGUCUCAUGAAGAUAUGGAUAAGCUUUUUUGCACAAUGUCUGAUUUUCAGGAAGCAGUGAAAAAGGUGCAACCUUCAUUAAGAAGAGAGGGCUUCUCAUCCGUUCCCAAUGUGAAAUGGGAAGAUGUUGGGGGCCUUGAUUGUUUAAAGGAGGAGUUUGAAUCCAGUAUAAUAAGGCCGAUAAAAUAUCCCGAGGUUUAUCAGACAUUUGAGGUGGAAAAUGAGACGGAAAUUUUGCUUUUUGGGCCCCCUGGUUGCGGUAAAACUCUUAUUGCCAAAGCUGUUGCCAAUGAGGCAGGAGCUAAUUUCAUUCAUAUUAAGGGGCCUGAACUCUUAAAUAAAUUUGUUGGAGAAAGUGAGCGAGAAGUUCGACGAGUGUUUAGUCGUGCAAGGGCAUGUUCACCCUGUAUAGUAUUUUUUGACGAGGUGGAUGCUCUAUCAACCAAACGUGAUUCGAAAGGUGGAUCGGUAGUCGAACCAGUUGUGAACCAGUUACUUAUUGAGCUAAAUGGUGGUGACUAGCGCCAAGAUGUUUUUGGUAUUGGUGCUACAAAUAGGCCCGAUGUGAUGGAUGAGGCUCUCCUCCGUUCUGGUAGACUUGGUAAAUUUCUUUACGUUCCUGUGCCGAAUGCCGACCAGCGAUUUUCAAUAUUGAAAGCUCUUGCAAGGAAGAAGCCUGCUGAUUCUACUGUGGAUUUGAGAGCCAUAGCUGAAAAGAGGCACAGCUUUAAAAUUUGUGUUGGAAGUUACAGAACUUAUUAUCUCAUGGAUCAAAUGUAUUUUGUUUAGCCAUCUAGUUAUAGUUUAUAAAGUUAAAAGCGUCCAAUUUACAUCAGUAUUGAACCUGUGUGGAAACGUCAAAUUUUGCUUAAUGCAGAAGCUUUUUGAGGUUAUCUUUGUGGAAUUUCAAAAUGUAAAUGGCUUCAUAUGUAAGUUACAAAUUACAUGGCAUGUAUUCUUGUUUUCUAUUUCUGCAGAAGCAUGUCCCAAGGAGAGAAUGUUUCCACAGAUCUCAGUAUUUGGUUAAAAGAGAAAUGGAAUCCUGGAGAGAUUCCCGAAGAAGCUCCUCCAGAUUCAGUUGUUCGGUAGAAAUUCACAAACACAACGCUCUGUACUAUGUUAACAAGAUUCAACAGUGAUGUUAGUUGUAUUUUUAUUAUGUUUGAUUAUGUCAGAUCAAGAGCAUAUCAAAAAUUGCUCUGGCUUUAGGAUAGUUGAUUUAUAUCAAUUGAUUUUGCAAAGAACCGAGUGAAUAUUCAAAGGCCUUUAAUGUAAGUCAUAACGGUUAAAAUAUUCCGAUCUCAUUUUGAGCCAGAAUCAUAAAAUAUAUAGUUCUUGCAUUGGAUGCCAUAUAGAUUGAA